CUCGGUGGGAGUGAUUAAUUGGAUAGAAAUGCAGAGUGUUUCAGCUGCUACACAAGACUCCAGCAAGAAAAGACGGGUUGGCCAUUUCACAGCUCCUUUUGAUGCUCGCUUUCCAUUCACCAACCAGACCCGUAACUGCUACCAGAAUUACUUGGAUUAUUACCGCUGCCUGAAGAUCAUGAAGGAGAAAGGCAAGGAUGUGCAAAAGUGUGAAUGGUACCAUAAGGUUUUCAAAUCCUUGUGUCCCACCUCUUGGAUAAAUCAGUGGGAUGAGCAACGUAAACAGGGAAUUUUUCCUGGCAAGAUAUGA